UACCUCGUUGUUUAUCUCAGGUAACAAUUAAUAAUUUUGGCGGAGACAGUAGUGAAGUAAAGUUUAUCUAAAUAUUAUAUUCUGGUUGGAGAUAUAAUCAAAUUACAGAAAUACCAUGAAAAACAAACACAUAGAUAGGAUAUUAAUUGGUAGACUAUAAGUCCGACUGAAGUCCAACAUGGUUCAAAAUAAUAGGUUGAGUUCGUUAUUUCGAAGGCUGGUAUUACUACUGCUAACGGCGAUAACAGUAAAUGGAUGGCGUGUUGUAUUCAAAGUUUCAAUGGGAAAAUUAGACAGUGGAAAAUCAAUGUACCAGCUAUGGAAUAGUUCGGAUGUUGUGAAUGAUAAUCCAUCUGGGUUCCACACAGUAAUCCAUUCAUAUAUGUCACCGUAUCAACCUACGUACAAGACCAGUAUUGUCAACCAAUGGACUAGUCAAGCCAUCAAAUAUGUGAAACUAGGAUUAUAUAGCAGUGGAAAGGAGGUUGUAAUGGUUGUUUUUAAUGGAACCGAAACGAACAAAACAGCCUGGUUUAACAAUGAGCUUAUAUUACAAUCAACAUACCCUGAUCUUACCUCUUCAAGUAACUACCAUUUUAGCUUAGAAGGGUCAUACGGAACGGGAACGUUUCAUGCUUUUAAAGCUGAAUCAAUGGACUGUGACAUCGCUAACGGAUGGUUCACAACAAUAGACAAAAACAUAAUACGACAUUGUGGAAAUCAAACUACUAAUACACCAUACUUCUUAUACUCACCAAAUGCCCACAGUAUGAUUUUAAAAGAUUUUGCAGUAGCUGACUCAUUUGUUGUAUUUGUUGAUGACUGUGUAGUCAACUCUUGCCAGUUUGGAGGUACAUGUACCGCCGAUAUAAAUGGAUAUAACUGUCAGUGCGGUGAUGAAAUAUAUGGACACUCAUGCCAAUACCAGUGUCCAUGUACACACCAAGGAAAAUGUCAUGCAAUAAAUAGCAGUCACAUAGCUACCGAUGGUCGAGUCUUCAUCAAUGGUGAACUAAUCAAUGACGAAGCUAUCCAUUUAGAUUCUGAAACAAUGGUUGCAUGUAAAUGUCCACAGAAUUACAUAGGAGCCAAAUGUGAAAAUACUACGUUACAAUGUGCUUCGUCUCCAUGCUUGAAUUAUGGAGUCUGUAUAGAGGGAGACAUGUCCUACACCUGUCAGUGUACUUCAGACUACACUGGUCAGCGUUGUCAAGUUACUAGACCUGUACCCCAAGAAACAGGUUUAAAUAUAGGUGCUAAAGUUGCCAUUGGUCUUUGUAUCCCACUGGUUGUAAUAAUUGGGUGUGUGAUAGCAUACAUCAUCUACCUGUUCAACAGCCCAGGAGCUUAUGGACAUGAAGCAACUGUAAAGCAAUAUACUAUUGCUCGAGAGUUUGUCAGAAGAAGUAUUAGACGUAUGUCUGGCAGACGAGGUAAGGAUUCGGAAGAAACGAAAGACACUGUAGCAUUUUCACCAAAGGAUACUGACGCUAGUGUUGGACAAGUUAAUUUAGCUUUUGACGAUGCUGGUAAAACUGGCUUUGAUAGACAGAAUUCAGAAUACUACAAUUUAUCUGCAGGGGAUAAUGCCGUCGUGUCUGGUCAGACUACUAAAUAUUCUGUAAACAAUUCUCAAUACGCACAUCCUGACCAAAGAAAAACUAAUACCUCUCCUGAUAAAAGUUCACAUGGUGACUAUAAGAGUGAUGCAUUUUAUAAGGAAUAUCGUCCUGCUGACUUACAAGGUCGUGACGAUGAUCGCUACGCUAAUCCUGGGCACAGGUACGAUGAAUAUAAUAAUAGCAAUAGCAACGCAGUUUCUCAGAAUCCUGUACCAAAGCCUCGUAAAGAAAGACAGACAGGUCGGCGUGGGCGCCAUAAUAACGAUCAAACCGAUGAUCAGGAUAGUCCAUUGCCAUCUUCGAAAUAUGAACCAGAUACAAAUAAAACGCAAAAUGUUCCAAGGACUAAUCAGCCUACAGAACGGGGUGGUUAUGAUGGUAAAAGCAUGUCCUUAACACCUGGAUAUAAUAAUUCAAGUAAUAAAACUGGUCAAUUACCGUCUCCUAGAUUUGAACCACCCCGUCCAAGUGACAAAUACAAUUCACAAGCACCCAAAUGUCAACAGCAAUACUCAGAGAACGAAGUUCACCUUUCUCCACGAUAUCUGCCAUCAGCCCAAGAUAGGUCUGCACAUGAUUAUGGAAGAAAUAACCAACCACAUAACACAAGACAGAUGAUAGAUGAUACAAGACUUUCUCCAGGAUAUCGCUUUGAUCAAAACAUUCCGGAAAGAUCUUUUAAUGAUGCCACACAUUCUCCAAAUUAUCAACAUCCAUCAAACAACGACCAAAGACGGUCCCCAAAUUAUAGACAUGGGGAAAGACCUUCUGUUGAACCCAGUCAACAGCCUGCCUAUAGACAGACAAAUAGCAGACCUACUAAUGAUCCAAGAAUCUCUCCAGGCUAUAACAACACUGAGUCGAGACAUAAUCAAGGCUAUAAUACUCAAAUGUCACCAAGGAAUACGUUUGACAGUAAUGAUUCAUAUAACCAACGUCGUGAACAAGCAGGUUUUCGUCCAAUUCAAAGAGACGAAGGAAUUGUUUUUACUUCAUCAGAACCUAUGGAUGAUGUAACUGUAUAAUCAAAAGGCUAUAAUUAUAAAUCUCAUUAUUCUGGAAAUACAUAAUGUACAGCUUCAGUUCAACCAUAUAGUCCAGUUUGAAAUGCAUUCCAGACUUUUAAUACAAAUGUUUAUUUCAGAUAAUCUCGAACAUUUGCAGGUGGAGUUUUUUUUUUAUUAAGAACAAAAAAUAUCGAUGCAGAAUAUAGACGGACAACAAAGAUAACUUUUAUAAAGAUGCAUAUUUAUAGUUGUAAUAUUUCUUACAUGGGUGCAGUAGAAUCAUUAUCAUGACAGCUUGGACAAGACAAUUUAUUGGUGCGCCCAGGUUAUCAAUGAAUGGGUCGGAUAAGGUGAACGCUCUUCUUUAACGCCCACUUGUCAUAUCGUACGUGUUGUAGACAUAUGAACUAUAGGGUCGCCAAAGGUACCAAAACGCCUUAAUCAAAUAAUAUGAAAAUGAUUCUAAAUAUUGUCUAUAUUUAUUAAUGUUUCAUCAAGUUGAAAUGUAUAUAGUAAGCAUUUACAUAUCAUCUUUAUCUAUGUAUAAACUCGGUGGUACAUGACUAAUUGACGUUUAGCUUUUUUGUUAAUUGUAUUUUUACAUUGUAUUUGUGCUAUGCAAAGAAUAUCAGAUUACAUAUAUUUUAUACCCAUAUACUAGUGAUAUUAAGUCAUUUGGUCUCGUGUGGAGU